CCUCACGCGACCAGAAUUUCUAUUUUGAUCUCGUGUUGAUCAUGCGUAUAGACAAGUUCUCGAUCAUUCCUAACCAAAACCUACGCAUUAGAUAUGAAUGAUACCAGUACGUAGACUAUUUCCGUAAAGUUGAAUAGGCAGAGGAAUGUGAAGAACUUAUUUCAGGGUCAAUCACUAUGUGAAAGGAAUAACCAGGAAUUCGAAAACAACAACAAUGAGGUCUCCUUUAGAGCAAGGGAAGAUGGAAGUGCUAGCCUACAUAUACAUGUGCACAGCAACAUUAAGUAUUAUUGGAGCAGCAUCCAUUGUAUUGGCUGCAGUUAUAAAGCACAGGGUUGCAAACUCUGAGGUUCGUCCAAUAUUUCAUCUUUCACUAUCAGAUUUGGUUGCAUCAGUUUUUCUGCUGAUUGGAGCGAUUCUCUUCUGCAACUACAAGACAACUGUGAACGAAAAUAUUCUGUGUUCAUACUUUACAGCUUUAACAAGCAGCUUCUACAUGAGUACCUUUCUCCUCACUGUGCUCUAUGCAUUUGAGGUGUAUGGGAAGCUCAAGAACCUCUACCCUAAGAUAACCAACAUCCGACAAGAUGAUACUCAGGCUUUUGGCAGUUUUCACCAACUUUUCUUCCUCUACACAUUUGCCUGGGCCCUUCCUUUGGCCAUCACCCUGAGUAUCUUUGCUGUUGAUAGUGGUGAAUCAGGCACCGGUUCACUGAAUGAUGACAUUUGUGGAACGUGCCUUCCCGUCUUUCACUACAGAUCAGAAAAUUGCAGUUUGUCCACUGACAAUGACCUAGAGCCAGACUGGAAUCACAUCUACAAAUCCAUCUUUAUUGCCAUGCUUUCCAUUUGUAUGCUUGCAAUCGUGGUGAUUUACAUCUUGGCUUUGAAGUUGUUCCGUAAAAUUCAAGUCUCUGGAGGGAUCAUUGGACGCCAGCAGUACGAGCAGCAAGCCCUCGUCCGCCGCCGAGCGUGUAUCUAUUUCCUGGUGUUCAUCGCUUGUUGGCUGCCAGGCACUAUUUUGGGUAUUUUGUCGUUAAAGAAAACCUUUGAAUUGAAGAAAUACUUUGUAUUUUACGUCAUUCAAGCGCUUUCCUCGCCCCUUCAGGGUUUUAUCAACUGUCUCGUGUAUGGCUGGAGACGGCCGGGAUUUAUGAGAAGCUUGAGGCAGACUCACUGGCCUACUGACCCUUACAGCUGAGAACCCGUACCACGGAGAGUCUGAAUAGCUAUGUAAUAAAUUACACAGAAAGCUCAGUGUACAAGGUGAACACGCCCACCACAGGUAGCUCAAAUUGUAUUUUAGAGACCUCGACGCGAUGAGCAGGAAAUCCUGCGCCAUCAUCUAGUUGGUUCGAAAAAGAUUAAGUUACAUCAACGACUUCCAAGAAACUAACGUUUUGAAUGCCAAAAAUCAGAAUACAAAAUGCUAGUUACUCCAAAACGAAUCUUAACAGGGAAUCCAGCAUCUUGGGCUCCCUGUGGAUGCUAUGUGUGAACUGGAUGUCAGACAAGGAAACCAAAUUGAUUCAGUGCUAGUGGAUAGCUAUUAUUCACCCCCAGUCUAACAAGAAGUGAAGCUUGUGAAAUUCGAAAUUACAAACCUUGGUCUGAACGGUUAUCAUAAUGCAGCUUUGUUGUACAGUGUGUCCAUAUUGCCCAAAGAAUUAUAGGUCUAUGCAUUUUGCUAAACUGCGCAGUAUAACCUAUAGUUUAGCUUAUCGAUGGCGAAUCAAGCGCAAACAUUACGUGGUCCUGCCUUUUGUAAAAAUCAUGGUCCGAGUUAGAAAGAAAUCAAUAAACUUUUUAACCAAAGAGA